AUGGAUCCAAUCAAAUAUCUCUUUGAGAAGCCAACUUUGACAGGAAGGACGGCUCGAUGGCUAUUGUUGUUGUCCAAAUUUGACAUCACUUACAUCACUCAAAAGUCCAUCAAGGGACAGGCAGUGGUAGAUCAUCUAGUGUUUCACCCUACAAAAGGUGAAAGAAUAUUGGACGAUGCUUUCUCGGAUGAGGAAAUAGCCUCGGCUGAAGAAGAAACCAUCAACAAAUGGAAGUUGUACUUUAAUGGGGCAUCCGAUAAAAAAGGAUGUGGUGCAAGAGUACUUCUAGUCACCCCUGACGGAUUAUAUUUGCCCUCAUCUUUCCAUAUUGACUUCCCCUGCACCAAUGAGUAUGUAGCAUGUGCAUUGGGACUGAAAAUAGCACUGACCAUUGGGGUAAAGAAGAUUAAGGUAUAUGGUAUCUCAGCCAUUUUUAUUUGCCAAACUCAAGGGAAGUGGAAGAUCAGGGAUGAAAAGCUAAAGCCAUAUCAGGAGCACUUAGAAGAAGUAGUCAAACAAUUUGAGGAUAUCUCUUUCAAAAAAUUUCAAAGAGAUAAUAACCAGUUUGCAAACGCCCUCGCCACAUUGGCAUCUAUGGUGGAGUACAAUCCCAUGGCACAGGUCCUACCAUUUAUGGUAGAAGAAAAAGAGAAGCCUACAUACCAAGAUAUUGUGAAUGCCCUUACAAUGGAUGGAAGAUUGUGGUUUGCCCAUGUAAUUGAUUAUAUCAUGGAAAGAAGGUACCUAGCCAAAGCCACAGAAGGAGAAAAGAAGUUCUUGAGAAAAUAUGCCAGCCAGUUUAUUUUACAAGGAGAUUUGCUAUACAAGAGGUUGUAUGAUGGGAUACAGCUGCUAUGUAUAGAUGAAGAAUAG